AGAGAGAGCAUUGAUAGACAAACGUCUCUGGCAAUCACAUUUGGGGUCCUCCCUAAACUGACAAGCAGUAACCAAUCGGAUAGAGCAAGGGGCGGACUGUCGUGGGUCGGGUUUGGUUGAGAAGUAUACCAUAAUAAGGUUGCUAAAGCUGGUCUGUUGCAAGGAGCGGGGCCGAAGGGGGAAGAAGUCGGGAGGAACGUUGCAUUUAUUGUUUGGAGAUCGGGGUAAAGUGCAAUAUAAAUCUGAGCAAUGUCAGUUGCUAACGAUGAGGACAUCCCUCAGGUGGAGAGAAAAACUGUCACUGAUUUCUGCUACUUGCUUGAUAAGUCCAAACAGCUCUUCAAUGGCCUGAGAGAUUUGCCGCAAUAUGGACAAAAGCAAUGGCAGUCAUACUUUGGAAGGACGUUUGAUGUUUACACAAAACUCUGGAAGUUCCAACAGCAACACAGACAAGUCCUUGACAACCGAUAUGGCCUCAAACGAUGGCAAAUUGGAGAAAUAGCCUCAAAGAUUGGUCAGCUGUAUUACCACUAUUAUCUUCGCACCUCAGAGACAAGCUACCUUAACGAAGCAUUCUCAUUCUACUCUGCUAUUCGACAGCGUUCCUACUAUUCUCAAGUCACAAAAGAGGACAGACCUGAGCUGGUUGUGAAGAAAUUGCGUUAUUAUGCCCGCUUCAUCGUCGUCUGUCUGUUACUCAAUAAAAUGGAUGUUGUUAAAGACCUAGUCAAGGAACUGUCUGAUGAAAUUGAAGAUUAUACACAUCGCUUCAAUACAGAAGAUCAGUUGGAAUGGAAUUUGGUUCUCCAGGAGGUUGCUGCUUUUAUUGAGGCAGACCCUGUGAUGAUUUUAAAUGAUGACAACACAAUUGUGAUUAUUUCCAAUCGGCUGGUGGAUGGUACAGGACCCGUGUUGGAACAGGGUAUGGUAGUGGGACAGCUGAUGCUGGCUGAUGCCCUUAUUGUUGGCAAUUGCAAUAAUCAGGUUAAGUUCAGUGAGCUAACAAUUGAUAUGUUUAGAAUGUUACAAGCUCUGGAGAGGGAACCAAUGAAUCUCACCUCUCAAAUGAAUAAGCCUGGAUUACAGGACCCUGCUGAGAAGCCAACAAAGAGAGAAAACCCUCACAAAUAUCUUCUUUAUAAGCCAACCUUCAGUCAACUUUAUACCUUUCUUGCAGCAUCUUUCAAGGAGUUGCCAGCAAACAGUGCCCUUUUGAUUUACUUGUCUGCAACGGGUGUCUUCCCCACAGGUCGUUCUGACUAUGAAGGUCCUUAUGAUUUUGGAGGUGUUCUGACCAACAGUAAUCGAGACGUAGUCAAUGGGGAUGCUUUACACAAGAGGAAUCAAACUUACAAAGAAAUGCACUGCCUUCAUCCUGGAGAUCUCUACCCCUUUACCAGGAAACCCUUAUUUAUUAUUGUGGAUUCAUCUAACAGCGUGGCAUACAAGAAUUUCACCAAUUUGUUUGGACAGCCCCUGGUUUGCCUGCUUUCACCUACAGCAUAUCCAAAGGCUUUGCAAGACCUCUCUGAACGUGGGAGUCUUUUUACCCUGUUUUUAAAUAACCCACUGAUGGCUUUCCUGUUCAUCUCUGGCCUUUCCAGUAUGCGUAAAGGCCUUUGGGACAAGUGCCAGGAGCACCUGCGAAAAAUCAACAGGGAUAUUGCUCAGCUUCUUACACACUCUCGAUCCAUAGAUCAGGCUUUUCUACAGUUUUUUGGAGAUGAAUUUCUGCGUUUACUUCUUACAAGAUUUAUAUUUUGUUCAGCAACACUUAGAAUGCAUAAAAGUUUCAAGGAAACUAGGAACUACCCAGAAACCUACCCUCCUCUGCCUCGGGAUGAACUGGUGGAGAAUAUUCACCUGCAAAAACAGAUUUUGGAGUUGGCUUCCAUAUUGGAUGUAAGGAACCUAUUUCUUGAAACAACCAUGGAUGAAUAUUAAACGGAACACCAAUAUUAUUUGAACAUUCAUGGCUUUGAUGCCAUACAUUUUGGAAGGUGCAUUUUUGUAAGGCAAAGCUUUCAAAUAAAGUAUGUGACCUUUUACAUUGUAAAUACCAAGGUUUGGUUCUAGAGGAAGCACUUUUGUGAGAAAGGUGCAGAGGAGCUCUUUUCCUGCCUCUUCCCCUUCUGUAUUAGUGCUUGUAUUUCUGCUUGCUUUUGUGUGCAUGUUUUAGGUGUUCUGUCCUGCAAUGAAAAUGUGUCCUCUCCCCCUGCAGCAUGAAGAAUCCAUUUGUUUUAAAAAGUAAGAGAAGUGUCCAAGCACCUUGAAUAAGGUCUCGUCUUCAUGAAAUGAACUGUCCAUUUUCACACUUUACUUAUUGCCACCCUGAAGCAGUAAAUGCUGGCACAAGUUUACAUAUUUUGUUGAGCUGUUGAUAUUUGUUUAUGAUGAUAAUUUGAAACCAGUGUCUUAGGUUAUUAAACAUGAGGACAGGUAUGGUUUAAAAUAGAACUAUAAGAACUGUUCCCAAAUGGUUUAAAUUAAAUUAGACACUCUAUUACAUAGCUGACACCACAGUUGUUUCAUUAUUAAUGCAUGUCAAUCAGCAUUUUUACUUCCUUUUUCUCUGUUGCCUAAUGGGACACUUCAGACUGUUAUCUUGUAGAAAGAUGCUUUUUCACCCUUUCCAGUUGGUCUCUGUUAUAUAGAGUUGAAUGCUAGUAAUAACAUCACGUGUAAUGUGACCAUUGGAUCCUGAAACCAAAGGUCACUCAUAAUUACUUGAAUGGUUGAUCCUCCCCUUUUCUUAGACUGUUUUAAUGUAGGCGUGACAUCUGGACUCCUUCACAGAUCUCUCCUUCAAGGCAAAAGAAGAUACUGUGCAACUGAUUACAUAGAAGCCACAUGAUUCAAGAUUUUUUGUUUACCAAAAUACACAGGUUCCAUUGGAAGAAAAAAAAUCCUAUCUGUAUAACACUUGCUGAAGGGAUUGCUGAUGCAGUAAACAAUCAAAUUAAAUAAAUUGGCGAUAUAUUAAA